GGGUCAAACGGUCUCUUUGGUAGAGAGUGGGUAGCCGGGGCUCGUUUCCCACUUAGCGACGGUCGGUUAGCGGUAGUUGGCGGUUGGGCGCUUGCUUCGGUCCUGCCAUGACUGCUUUCGAGAAGCCUCAGAUCAUCGCGCACAUCCAGAAGAGCCUCAACUACACGGUGUUUGACUGCAAGUGGGUGCCCUGCAGCGCCAAAUUCGUGACAUUGGGCAACUAUGCCCGGGGCACUGGCGUCAUCCAGGUCUACGAGAUCCAGCAUGGGGACGUGACGCUGCUGCGGGAGAUUGAAAAGUCCAAGCCUUUUAAAUGUGGAACAUUUGGUGCAGCAUCUCUGCAGAUGAGAUAUCUAGCUACUGGGGAUUUUGAUGGAAACCUAAAUAUAUGGAAUUUGGAAGCUCCACUGAUGCCAGUGUACUCUGUAAAAGGCCAUAAGGAAAUCAUAAAUACUAUAGAUGGUGUAGGUGGCUUAGGAAUUGGGGAAGGAGCACCAGAAAUUGUAACUGGAAGCCGAGAUGGAACCGUGAAGGUAUGGGACCCCAGGCAAAAAGAUGUUCCUGUUGCUAAUAUGGAACCUGUACAAGGAGAAAACAAGAGAGACUGUUGGACCGUUGCAUUUGGCAAUGCUUAUAAUCAAGAGGAACGUGUUGUAUGUGCUGGCUAUGACAACGGGGAUAUCAAACUAUUUGAUCUAAAAAACAUGUCAUUAAGAUGGGAAACAAAUAUUAAAAACGGGGUUUGUAGUGUGGAGUUUGACAGGAAAGACAUCAAUAUGAAUAAAUUAGUAGCUACAUCACUAGAAGGAAAGUUCCAUGUCUUUGACAUGAGAACACAGCAUCCAACCAAAGGGUUUGCCUCUGUUUCAGAAAAGGCUCAUAAAUCUACUGUGUGGCAAGUCCGACACCUGCCCCAGAACAGAGAGAUCUUUAUGACUGUGGGAGGUGCGGGGAGCCUUCAUCUGUGGAAGUAUGAAUAUCCUGUUCAGCGUUCAAAGAAGGAUUCUGAGAAAGUGGAAAUGGGAGUAGCAGGUUCAGUAAAUCUGCUGCAGAAUGUCACCCUGUCAACACAGCCCAUUUCCAGCCUGGAUUGGAGCCCAGACAAGAGGGGUCUCUGUGUCUGCAGUGCAUUUGAUCAGACAGUGAGAGUGCUCAUUGUUACCAAGCUCAAUAAAGUUUGAUUUAAGAACUUUGGGCCUUGGAACUUCCCCGGGAAACAUCUUAGAUUUUAAGAUGUCUGUGUAGAAAGGAUGGUUCUGUUGUCAUCCAUCCAGCAUGACACUCAUGGAACAGAGCUGAGGUUGGCUGAUACAGAAAACAUAAACAAACAUGAAUUGUGGUGGGGGAAGGGAGCGCGUAUGGGAUACAAAGGGCUGUGCCCUCUUCAUCCGAGUGUUGACUUGCCUUCUGCAGCGUGUGGGAGUGGUAGGGCUCUGUGGACGAGCUGUUUCUAGAGCAAAGCAAUGUAUUUUUUAAAUUUCCAACAAAACAUCUCUGUUUUUUAUAAUUUUGCCUUUGUUUAAUGUGUUCUACAUUUCCAAAGUUCCAGGGUUUUUCUUUUACAACUGUAUUUCAUUGUGAUGUAUACACAAUUGUAGUAGACAUCAUUUAUUCUGUUUAAAAGAAUUUGCUUCAGAAAUUAACAUGAAUGAAAUCUAGUAAAUAUAUUCACUCUGUGGCAUUUCAGUGUCAGUUUCUUUGCAGGAUAUUAUUUGAUGUUUAUUUUAUUUAUAAAAACCCAGAGUAGGCCAAUCAUUUUUUUUACUCACCAAUGCUGCUUAUAAAAUAUUAGAAUUUACAAAAAUCACUUUUCACAAUUUAAUAAAAUUACUCUUAUUCUUGAAAGAAGUUCAUUUAAGUUUGUAAGACUUUUCCAUUGUUUAUUAUGAUCAUUUAUGGUUAUUGGAGAUGUACAAGAUUGUGUGGUUUGGGUAGU